UACUGUAAAUGGAGAGAGAUCUGGUUGAUCUCCUGAUCAACUCAUAUCAGGAGGAGAAGGAGUUUACUGCAUCAGAGCGAAUUAGUUGCUAACUUCUUGAAGUCUUGGGUCUCGUAAGUCUUUCACGCUCACAAAUAUUGAAGUGCUAGGCUACAUUGCAAACACAUGGUCUUGGUCAAACUUUUAACCUUGCAUAAUCGAUAACGUUAGCUAACUGAGUUCCUUGUGAGAUAAGUGGCUGUCUGUCUAAAAUUAAAGUAGCCUACAACAACCUUCCAGAAGCCAAAUAGUCCUGUACUGGGAAUUCUAGAUUUUGUGCCUCACAUGGCUUUAGACAUUUCAGUCGUAGCAUUUAUGCUAGUAGGCUAGGCUUAAUCUCAUCCUCAAUCAUACGGGCUACUUUUUGGUGAUAAACAUUCGCGACACCAGCCUUGCUAUGCAGCAGCUUUUCCUAGACGACAUUCAAGUUAAGUUUAGGAGACUUGAACCAGAACUUGUACCCAACUAGCCUAGUAAAAGUUGUGUUAGUAGCAGUUCCGGACCAGGUUAAUUCUUUUCUUAAAUAAAGUUGUCCGUGCAACAAAAUCACUUCACCCACAUUUCUCAAUCACGUUCUCAGUCAGGAUGGACCCAAGGGGAUUAAAUAAAGAAAUUCCGAAAGCUAAAAAAACAAUAGAAAUUAACAGGCAUCAUCUGAAGCAUCUGCGCAAGGUCCUUUCUGACUUCACACCUUAUCCAGUCUCAAAACCCUCUGAAAAGAUUUGGGCACCAGAAAAAGAAUGUCUAGCAAACACACCUGAAGCCACAGCAAGUAACCAGUCUACAGAUUCAGUCUGUCAUGAUCCUCAAAUACCAUCAUCUGUUCCAUUGUUGCACACAUAUGCUCCGAUAUCAGAAGAGGAGCCGAUGAUUGAUGCAGACGUUCCUCCAUUCACACCUCAUUUCUCAAAUGAAAGCCAGCCAGUAACAGUGGAGACAGAGGAAGAAAGCACAUGCUCUGCACUGCUUGUGAAAAUUGAAAUGCUUAAGAAAAUCCGAAUAGCUCCCAUCAAACAGCCAGGCACAGUGCUGAUGGCACCCAACAAGGAUGACAAGGAUGUGCAUGACACUGGAGGCCAUGGAAUAGAAAGUGCCAAGGAAGAGGGUGACCUGUUAGAAACUAAAUUGGAAUUUAAGAUAAAUGAGACUGCAAAUGAACCAUGGAUGCGUUUGGAGAAGGUGGUUCAGCUUGUGGUGGCAGAGCGCUUAACUGUGUUUGACAAAAAUCUUCAGGAGCUUUAUGGCAGGAUGAUGAAGAUUGAAAUGGCCAUUAAAGAACAGACACAGAUACAUAAGCUAUCCAGAGAGCUCCAAAUGGCUAAAGAGGACUUGGUCUCCAAGAAUGUGUCUAUGGUUGAUGCUACUGAGCCUACAUCUCUAUCCACUCCAGCCACUGCAUCCACACCUACCCAAGGACCAAGUGAUGUAAGUAAUCCUGAGAAGCCUGGUGGUUUGCCAGCUGAACAGAGCAGUUGCCAGACAAACUCUAAAGGGAAAUACUACAUUGAACCAGAGAAGAGCGAUUCAGUGGAUGCCUUCACCCAUUUAAAGUUUUCUAGGCCUGGCAACUGGAAAUUUUCCUUUGCUAUCAAUCCGCCUCCCUCCCUCCCACGUCUUGCCUCACUGCUUUGCCUGAACCAGCUGCCCCAUGAUGCCCUCUGGACCCCUGUCCCUGGUCAGCCUGUGCUUUCGAUCUGCCUGACCAAUCAGAAGGCUGUGGAGCUCACUUGGAGCAUGCCUGUGGAGGACCGUGCAGCCCUUGAACGUGUGCACAGUUACCACCUGUUUGCCUGUCCAGUGACCACCUCCCUGGCUCCUCAGCGAUUGGCCUGGAAGAAUAUUGGAGUGGUCCGGGCGGAGACUUUGCCCAUGACCUACAGGCUCACCGACAUUCAAGCAGGUUGUAAGUUUUUCUUUGCUGUGUGUGCCCAGGACAUCUAUACCCGCUUUGGGCCCUUUUCUAGACCCCUGUAUCUGAAGUGGCUCUUUGGUUCUUCACUGGUUGAUUAGCCAAAUGAUACUCAUUGGUUCAGGUCUUUUGUGUUUUGAGCAUCCCUGCCUUGCAUUUUUGUUGAUCUUUUGGAGUGUAGUAAUGUUGGUAUGUGCUGGACUGUGAUUUUGGUUUGGGAGUCGUUUUUAUAGCUCUGCCUGAUGUUAAAAAGCUCUGCCUGAAGUUAAAGUGCCAUUCUGAAGUUGGCUGAUUUCACUAAAAAACUGACAUCCAUGUUCAAGUCAGUGAUAAGUCAGAUAUAAGUUUAAUUGUUGCAAAUUAAGUCUAAAUAAAGACGGCAAUAAUACCACA